AUGCAAACAGCUGAUGAUGCUGAUGAUACUGAUGAUGCUGAUGAUGCUGAUAGUGCUGAUAGUGCUGAUAGUCCUGAUAGUGCUAAUAGUUUUGAUGCGUCCAACGGCCCAGGGCUUCACUAUCGCAACGGAAAAAGAAAUAUGGACGUGAAGGACCUUAUGGUCGAUAUUGGCGACGAGGCUCCGUUGAAAGAAUUCCAAGCAUUAUUCAUGGAACACGCACUAGAAAAGGAACUGGCUCUGCAGACGCUCUUCUAA